AUGGCCGCUGUCCUGUCCGCCGUGCGCGCCGCCGGCAGGCAGCAGCUCUCCGCUUCAAUCGUCGCCGCGAGGCAGGUGUCCGCCUCCCACGUGCUCCGGAUCGACGGGUACUCGCGAAUCAGCAAGAUACUGGCCAUCGGGCAGGCGACGAGGUCAGGCACGUUCAGCGUCGGCGGCCACGACUGGCAUAUUUUGCACUAUCCGAACGGCUGCUUCGAGCAGCACAAGGCCUCCCUCUCCUUCCUGGAGCAUGCCAGCCACGCAAAGACCGGGGAUACCACGGCAAAGGUGGAGCUGAGCAUACUCGACCACGCCUCCAAGCCAUCGCACACACAAACCAAAGCAGAUUACCGCUUCUCCAACGCCACUUCCCUCAACUGGGGCUGGAGAGACUUCAUCAAGCACGAGGAUCUGGACGCGGAGAAGCAUCUCAAGGACGAUUGCCUGACCAUCCUCUGCGACGUCACCGUCACCGGACUGCGUACGGAAGACCACGUCGAGGCUGCCGCACCGGAGCCUACUGUCGUGGAGCCUCCGUUCGGCAUGCGCGGGCUUUUUUUUUUUUAA